UAGUAGAGUAACCUCCGGGAAGUAAAGCACGUACAUAUGUUACUCAUGUUUCGUAACACGACGGGUACUCAAGGGAAAUCUGAAUAGAUUACUUGACAUUCACCUCAUUGUGUCCUUCAUAAAAUAGGUUAUGAGGAACACUGUGCAGUUCAGUCAGGGACUGGACAACGAUAAAAAUGCCAAAUUUGGAAACCUAUAAUCUUACAAUAUAUCUAGAAGCUAACAUUCUUCGACUUUUGCGAAAUUUAAGACGGAACUGUUACGGAUUUUCGUAUCAACAGUAUGGUCACUUAACCUAAAGCGUGCGCCCGUUCUCUCUCUCUCUCUCUCUCUCUCUCUCUCUCUCUCCCUAUUCAUCACGUGUGUGUGUGUGUGUGUUUUAAUUAACCUGCAAAAUUAUUUUAACAGAUUGCUGCACCGUCUUAAAACUGUCUCGCCAAUCAAUUGAGAAUAUUUUAAUGAGUAGCAAAAACGUUCCAUGCUUAAAGCCGACACGCAUUGAUAAGAGGCAAAUAACUUAGAUAUAAGAGUGGGUGGUUAGAUACAUUAAGCAUAGAAAUAAUUGUUACAAUGUAUACUAUGUACUGUGAGUAACACGAUUUAACGAUUCAUACACUUAAUAUUGAAAUGUCUUCUCGUGCAUUACAUACUAGACAUUACUCACAUACUGAUGCAAUCUUCUAUGUAAAGCCGGAAAUGUUGCAGAGCAUUGUUAUAUAGUCAGGUAUUUGAUCUGAAUUUUCACUGAAGGUUCUCACUGGUUUUCACAUUUGCAACUGGAUGACUCACAUGGAUUUAAAUUUUCCGGCAUAUUCAGUCUACGCGAUUCAUUCGUCAUUUGUUCGCUGCCCCUCCCUAUUGCCUUUGACGGCACCCUGCCGCGGAUUGAUACAAUGAUGAGCUUUCCUGAAUGUGUGUGUGUUCAAAUUCUGAUUUCAUACGUUACUUGCAAUUACUUGUUUCAGUUGGGUGGUUUUGAAAUGUUAUCUGUAACCAGCGUCUACAGGUUUCGUUUUAGAUUCACACUAACAAUGAAGUGAUCCUUUUUCGGAACAGUAAGAGGAGGGACUAGUUUUACGGGCGUAGGGAGAAACCACCUUGCGCGCGCUGUGCUGUUGCCACUGCUUCGACAACAGACCGCUUGGUGGAGCGCUGUUCGCGUACCGUGGAACGUUUGCUUGUCGACCACAGCAGUUGCAGUCGUAGCCACCAUCUUGCGUUCAUACAGUGUGUGUAAUCUCGUAACUGCAAGUGGAACCGGUAACUCACUCGAGUGUAGAUAGUGAAAGGUAGAGAGAAUUUCCGUCGUGUGAAUCGACGAUCUCGUUUUCUUUGAUCUUCGACUUUCGGGCGCGAAUUUUCUUUCGGCAAUAUGACGACUAACGUUCAACAGGGCACGCUGUUAGAUGUGCUCAAGAAAAAGAUGCGGCAGACGAAAGAGGAGAUGGAGAAAUACAAAGAUGAAUGUGAGGAGUACCAUAAAAGAUUGCAAGUCGAAAUCCGCCGCCGUGAAGAAGCAGAAAGUGAGGUUGCUGCCCUAAACCGCCGAAUCCAACUGCUGGAGGAGGACCUGGAGCGCUCAGAAGAGCGCCUGGCCACUGCUACAGCGAAACUAGCAGAAGCCUCGCAAGCUGCUGAUGAAUCUGAACGGAUACGCAAGGCUUUGGAGAAUCGUACAAAUAUGGAAGAUGAUCGUGUGGCUAUACUAGAAGCACAGUUGGCACAAGCUAAGCUCAUAGCAGAAGAAGCAGAUAAAAAAUAUGAAGAGGUUGCCCGAAAACUCGUGAUGAUGGAACAGGAUUUGGAGCGAGCAGAAGAACGUGCUGAGCAGAGUGACAGCAAAAUUGUGGAACUGGAAGAGGAGCUCCGUGUUGUUGGCAAUAACCUGAAAUCCCUUGAGGUUUCAGAAGAGAAGGCGACACAGCGUGAAGAGACGUUUGAGGAGCAGGUGAAAGCCCUUUCUGGAUCUUUGAAAGAGGCUGAAGCCAGAGCUGAGUUUGCUGAAAGGUCAGUGCAGAAGUUGCAGAAGGAGGUCGACAGGCUUGAGGAUGACCUAUUGGCUGAGAAAGAGAAGAAUAAACUGCUGCAGGAAGAGAUGGAGGCAACCUUGCAUGAUAUUCAGAAUAUGUAAUCCUGCGCCCUACUGUGGCAUUAAGAUGACUUAAUCGUGUUGCGUGCUCAGAAAUCCCCAGGUUUGAUGAAAAAGUCCCUACUUUCCCCAAGCCCACAAAUUGAAACAUUCAUCACUUCAAAACUGAACUACUUCCAGUGUAUUACUUUUUCUUUUUUGUUCUGUUCAGAUAGUUUGAAGUAGGGCCUGUGGCACAAAUAUUCAUUCUCCAUUACAUUCCAGAAUGCAGUAGUGGUUUGUUGGUAUUAAUAUGAAAAUUGAGGUAUUGAGAGAUGUAGUGAGAUGCUACUAGCGCAUUGUGAACUGGAAUUGGACACAAUUCUCAAAGUACUUUAUGUAAGCAUUUAUAUUGUGUUCAAGUCAACAUUAUUGGUGCUACAGAUUUUUCUAUCGUUCUUUGUGGUUAGUCGGAUAUAGUGUUGCCCAAAUGGUUUGCUUAAAUCAAUUUAUUGAUGAGUGUUUCAAACAGCACAGUGUGACAUCAUUGAAAUGAUAGUUAAUAAUCAAUAAAUCUAGUUUGGUGUGUUAAGUGUGCUUCUGCAGUAGCCAUAUUGAUUGAUUACUGUCAGAGUAUGAAACUGUAAAUAAGCAUAAGCAACUGCUGGGGAAGAUAAAUAUUUAUUACAGUUUUCUAUGUAAUAGUUGUGCAAAUAAUAGUACAGUACCUUACUAAAUAACAAGCUUUCAUUUUUUCCUACAAUGUGUUGACAGUGAUAAAAACAGUUCACUGCCAACAUUUUUGUAAUCGAAAGCACAGUAUUGUUAAAGAAACAAUGAAUCUGUAGUGCCUUCCUAUUCUUCAAAAGACAAAGUACAAUACUGGUACUUCUAUGGUGUUACACUUCAUAUCCAGAGCAAAAUUCCUGUUUUGCAUGAAUGCCUAAAUUGCAUGGAUGUUUUUAUUAUUAUUUUGCUCCCUAGUACUUUUAAGUAAUAUUUAAUUUUUGUAGAUGACACUAAAACUAUAACACAGUAUGAAGAGUUUUAUAUUUUUGUUGCUGAAUGUAUCAUUAUUUGCAUUUUUUAAAUAAAGAAAACUGGAUGAUAUGUGAAAUGAAACUGUUAUACUGCCUCAUCUUCAUAUGCUUAUUUAUUGUGUUAAAUUAGUAUUAAUUUGUAAAUUUUAUCAUAGUUAUGUUGUAUAUCUAACAGUGUUGGGUAAUAAAAAUGUUUAAUAUUAGCAUGGUUAUUUUAUAAAUUUUGCACUGUUGAUUUUAGCUUAUUCCAGUCACAUCCUAAUUUCUCAAUAGAAGCAAACAGCUGCACAAAAGCAGCUCAUGUUUGUGCAAUUAAUUUGAGUUGUUGUAGAGUGUCAGUGCAUUAAAACAGCAUGUUUUUAA